AUGUCGAACGAAACUAAACCACCACCACCACCACCACCUUCAUCGCCAACUUACGACGAAUACGCCGACCGCGAUUGUAUUGAUAGUCAUAAUAACAAUAGCAGUAGUAGUAGUAGUAGUAGUAAUAGCAGCAGUAGUAUUAGUAGUAGUAGUAGUAGUAGUAGUAGUAGUAGUAGUAGUGGUGGUGAAUCUUCCCGCUCAGAUCGUGUAAAAUGGAGCAAUAUGAUGUUAGCAGAAGCCCAAAAAAGAGAGUUUAAGAUACGAGAAAAAUCUUUAUACAUAUAUAUAAAAUAUAAGAGAGAAAAAGAUAUGAUGUAUUGGGAAUACACGAUGACGCUACAGACUUUAAGCUAUAUAGAACAACAGGGUAGUAGUGAAGAUGGUAGUAUGCUUUUACUACUACUUUAA